CACUAUGGCGGCCGCUCUGUUGUCAAACAAAACAUUCAAUAAUUUAAUAAAAAAACAUUAUAAAUUUAAUAAAUCGUAUUGUAUCACUAAAUCACUAGUUAUAAAUAACCCCCAGUUCAGUUUAAAUUGCAAACAAUGUGCGGCCGCAAGUCAUUUCAGGUAUUAUUCUACACCAACCCCAAACAGUGCAGUGAAGGCAGACCCAGCGAAAAAUGUUUUGGCGGCAGUUCUUGCAAACAAACCAAAAACUGGAAAAAUACCAGUUGGUAUCCAAAAAAGAGACUGCUUUCACCCAGGUGCGUCUGUUUUGUCCCGUGAAGAUAUAAGCUUGGAUGAUGCGAAGCCGGUCACGGGUGCAGACAUGGUCAGGGGCAUGCUGGAGUAUGUGUGGCCCAGGGACAAUUCCAUGAUAAGAAACCGGGUCAUGCUCUCCUUGUCGCUCCUGUUCGGCGCGAAAGUGAUGAACGUAUCCGUCCCGUUCCUGUUCAAGUACGCAGUCGAUGAGGUGAAUCAGAUCGCGACCACGCCCACCGGAGACGUGCUGCUGGGUAUGGCGACUGUACCGCAGGCGUUGGGAACUACCGCAUUCAGUUUACUGCUCGGAUAUGGUAUAGCACGAGGAACAGCAGCGGGUUUCAACGAGCUACGUAACGCAGUGUUCGCGAAAGUGGCCCAACAUUCAAUACGGCGACUCGCCUGCAACGUAUUCACGCAUCUACACAACUUGGACCUCAGUUUCCAUUUGGGAAGGCAAACCGGUGCCUUAUCUAAGACAAUUGAUCGUGGUUCACGUGCCAUCAAUUUCGUGCUAUCUGCCAUGGUGUUCAACAUAGUACCCACUAUAUUCGAACUCAGUCUGGUAUCCACGAUCCUAGGGCUGAAAGGCGGCCUCGCGUUUGCAGGGCUGGCGUUUGGGUGUGUGGGUGUGUACGCAGCCUUCACACUAGCCAUCACGCAAUGGAGAACAAAGUUCCGAGUGUUUAUGAACCGCGCCGAGAACGAAGCGGGGAAUAAAGCUAUCGACUCGCUCAUCAACUACGAGACCGUCAAGUAUUUCAACAACGAGAAAUAUGAAUUGGAAAAAUAUGACACGAGUUUGAAGAAGUACGAAGAGGCUUCUCUGAAGACGGCGUCCAGUUUAGCGCUGCUGAACUUCGGCCAGCACGCUAUAUUCAGCGGCGGUCUCAGCAUCAUCAUGAUAAUGGCUGCCAAUGAAAUCGCUAAAGGCAACAUGUCGGUGGGCGACCUGGUGAUGGUGAACGGGCUACUGUUCCAGCUGUCGAUUCCGUUGGGCUUCCUCGGGUCAGUGUACCGUGAGGUGCGGCAGGCGCUCAUCGACAUGCAGACCAUGUUCACGCUCAUGACCGUGCAGUCCAGAAUCAAGGAGGUAGAUAAAGCGCCGCCCCUACUGGUGGACACGAAGACGGCUAGCAUCGAGUUCAGGGACGUCAGCUUCAAAUACAUCAACGGGAAGCCGAUCUUCAACAACCUGACUCUGAACAUCCCCGCGGGAAAGAAGAUUGGCAUCGUGGGUGGAUCAGGAAGCGGGAAAUCAACACUGGUGCGGCUACUGUUCAGAUUCUUCGAGCCACAGUCGGGUCAGAUAUUCAUCAAUGGACAGAACAUAAAGGAUCUAGACUUGGCCAGCUUGAGGAAGGCAAUUGCCAUUGUCCCACAGGACUGUGUUCUGUUCCACGAUACGAUAUUCCACAACCUUCACUACGGGGAUCUGAACCGGCUACCCGAGGACGUGUACAAAGCUAGCAAGAUGGCAGAACUACACGAAUCUGUUACCACUUGGCCCAAGGGUUACGAAACUCAAGUGGGAGAGAGAGGUCUGAAGCUUUCAGGCGGCGAGAAGCAACGUGUGGCGAUCGCUCGGGCUAUCCUUAAAGACUCGCCGAUCAUCGUAUUCGACGAGGCCACUUCGAGUCUCGAUUCGCUCACCGAACACGCAAUCCUUCAAGCGUUGAAAGCGGCAACGAUCGGCCGAACAUCCAUCUGCAUAGCUCAUCGACUUUCCACCGUAGCGGACGCCGACGAAAUCCUAGUCCUCGAGAACGGGUCCAUAUCUGAGAAAGGCAACCAUAGAGAUCUCAUCACUAAUCCAUCGUCACUCUACUACAGAUUGUGGGAGAAGCAGAACAAAGACGCAAUACCAAAGUGAGGUGUCCAAGUGAUAUUUACGGAUCUUGUUUCGCCGGCGAGAUGCGGCAAACAUUGAAAUAAGUUCGCAGUGAUUUUGAUACCGAUUUUUGACUGUACCUCAUAUGAGAAUUGUGAGAUCAUACGCGAUGUUUACCCGGGUCUUGUAUGUUGUUUUUUGAGCGAAAAACACCAAAUAAUUAAGUAGAACAAUGAAUACAAAAGUACAUAAAAAUUGCAUUACACAAAAUUAAUGAAAUUAAAUCGGACUGUUUAAUGUGAAAAUUAUAAAUAAAACGGUUAUUAAUUUACUAGCUAUACUCGCGACUUCGUCCGCGUGGAAUUCAACCAAAUAAUUAAUUAGAAAUUUUUUCUAAAAUAAAAGUAGCCUAAGUUACUCCUUAUUACCAAUAAAAGUUCCGACGAAAUUGGUCCAGCCAUUUCAGAGAUUAGCCGGAACAAACAGGCAGACAGACAAAAAUUGAAAAAAAUGUUAUUAUGGUUUAUGUACCGUAUUUAGAUUCAUAUGCAUGUAGUAAAAAACUGUAAUUUCAAUAUAACAAAUAGACACUCCAAUUUUAUUUAUAUGUAUAGAUAUGUAU